CCAUGGGUUCAGUGUUGGGAAGCUCCCACUGGUUAAGGUCGUUACCCGGCCGCUAACUCGUAUGGGUGCUUAUAUAUAAACCUAUCCGUCCCACGGAGAGUUUCCAUCCGGUAGACUAUGGAGGAGUUGGCCAGAGAGAGCAUUAGCCUGCUGGCUUCAGCCUCAGCCAAACCGCGGGUGGAAGUGGCCGGGCCCCGGCUAGGAUCCAUGGGGGCCAUCUUCAUCAUGCUGAAGUCUGCGCUGGGCGCUGGACUCCUCAACUUUCCGUGGGCCUUCGCGAGAGCCGGGGGUAUCCACAGUGCAGUAACAGUGGAGCUGGUCUCCCUUGUUUUCCUGGUCAGUGGUCUGAUCAUCCUGGGCUAUGCAUCCUCGAUAAGCGGCCAAUGCACCUACCAGGCCGUGGUAAAGGAAGUGUGCGGCCCAUCCAUCGGUCAGCUAUGUGAGAUCUGCUUCGUUUUUAAUCUUUUUAUGAUCUCUGUGGCCUUCCUUGUCAUUGUGGAUGACCAGCUGGAGAAGUUGUGCGGAUCCCUGUAUGAGUUAGUAACUGGUUUGCCAGACUCAGAGAUGCCCUAUCACUUCUACACGGACCAACGCUUUGCCCUGGUGCUGCUGUGUGCCUUCCUCAUUCUGCCUAUUUCCACCCCAAAAGAGAUCAGCAUUCAAAAAUACAUCAGUGUACUCGGCACUCUAGCUGCAACCUACUUGACCACAGCCAUCAUCAUCAAGUACUACACCAUGCAUUCUGUUCUCCUUCACAUAACCCCUCUCUACAGCAGUGGGAUCAGCUCCUGGGCAUCCACGUUCAGCGUCAUUCCAACCAUCUGUUUUGGUUUUCAGUGUCACGAGGCAUCCAUCGCCAUUUACAGCAGCAUGGAGAACCAACGGCUUUCUCACUGGGCCUUCAUCUCUGUGGUGACUAUGAUCAUCUGCCUCAUCAUCUAUUCUCUCACAGGGGUUUAUGGGUAUCUGACAUUUGGCAAGGAUGUGAAGCCCGACAUUUUGAUGUCAUACAUGGGUGAGGACAUUCUGAUGGUCGUCGCCAGGCUGCUGUUCGGAGUGUCCAUCAUCACCAUCUACCCCAUCAUCCUGCUGCUGGGCAGGUCCGUGAUCCAGGAUCCUCUGCUGAGUUGGUGGUGGAGGUGUGGAGGUGUGGUGACCGUAGAGUUGGAAAGCCGCAGUCGCUACACGCUGACGUUUUUGUGGAUAACCGCAACUCUUCUCAUCGCUCUGUUCGUACCAGACAUCAGUAAAGUCAUCAGCGCCAUCGGGGGCAUCAGCGCCUUUUUCAUCUUCAUCUUCCCAGGACUUUGCUUGAUGUUUGCCAUGCAGUCUGAGCCCGUGUCUUGUAAGACCAGGGUCUUCCUCACAGUUUGGGGGGUGGUCACCCUGCUGUGCGGUGCGUUCAUCUUCGGCCAGAGUACCACAAUCGCUGUGAUGCAGCUCCUCGGAAAGAUCUGAUGCUGAAAACUAGAUUGUGAACAAUCAAUGCGCCUGCUUCUGAAGACCAGUUGUUAAGCGGCCUGGAUGACAACAAACUUAAUCCCAUCACCUCUUUGGUGAGUUUUGGGCUAAUUAUUCAUUAUUGAUGAGCUCUGAAUGGGGAGGAUGUGUGCUUGAAUGCAGACAUGAGUAGGGUUCCAAGGGUGAUAUUCAUGUGUCCGCCUUUCGACCUUAAUGUUCUUCAAAUGUGAAACAUAUUUAAGACGUGGACACCUCAUGAUGCUAGUGUGUCGGUCAAAGUUUGCAUGCAACAACAGGGUCAUGUAAACAGCCAUAUAGGAAUAGUUGCUAACUAUUGGCUGGCUGAGGUGACGUCAAAGUUCAUAUUUGGAUUUCUUUUUAUAUAUGAUGUUUGCCUGUGAAAAUACCAUCGACUGGUACAUAAAUAAAAUCAUCAUGAAAAUAACCAUACAUGGAAAUUGGUUGAACAUGCUAACAUUAGCAUGUCAUAAUGUGCUGAUGGUUGUUUGUUGCGUUUAUGUGUGAGAACACCUUACACAUUUACAUUUUUAUAUACACAU